GCAGCUGAACCGGGAUCGAGGCCGGGCGGCGCGUGACCGCCUGGGGCCGGCGCCGGGAAGGACGGCGGCGUCCCGGGCAGAGCCGCAGCACCGGGGUGGCCCGAGCCAGCUGCUGGGGAGCAGCUGCACCCCUAGAGGCCUCUCCUGGGCCUGGCUGGACCGUCGGAGGCGGGGCUGCCGGUUAACUCCCGGCCGGGGCCCGGCGCAGCGCCAGCCGUGGGGGAGGGGCGCGAUUUUGCACCUGACUCCCGGACACGUGCCCUCUGCUGCAGGUGCAGCUGGAGCAGCCAGAUGUCGGAGGCCAUGGCCAUGAACCUUUUGGAGGACUGGUGUCGCGGGAUGGAAGUGGACAUCCACAGGUCCCUGUUGGUCACAGGCAUCCCUGCGGACUGUGGCCAGGCAGAAAUUGAGGAGACCUUGAAUGGAGUCCUGUCCCCACUGGGCACGUACCGCGUGCUCAACAGGAUCUUUUUGCGAGCGGAGAAUGUCAAAGCUGCCCUGGUGGAGGUUGGCGAGGGUGUGAAUGUGAGCACGGUCCCCCGGGAGUUCCCAGGAAGGGGCGGUGUCUGGAGAGUGGCCUGCAGGGACCCCACUCAGGACGCCGAGUUUCUGAAAAACCUCAAUGAAUUCCUGGAUGCUGAGGGCCGCACCUGGGAGGAUGUGGUCCGCCUGCUCCAGCUUAACCAUCCCCCCAGACCCCAGAACCAGCCCUGGGAGAACUGGGCCGAAGCUUUGGGGGUGCUCCUGGGGGCGGCGGUGCAAGUGGUCUUCUGCAUAGAUGCUGAGCUCCGGAGCCGGGAGGAAGCCAGGGCUCAGGAGGCCGAGGAGGAGUUGGCAGCCUGGGCUUUGGUGGCCAGGAAGAAGGUGAAGAAGGAGCCAGGGCUGGCCACAGAGGUGGGCUCUGCCUUGAAGGUUGAAAACCUCAUUCGCUUUAAUGAGCAGUGUGACCCUCCCAAGCCUUUUGUUCACAGGGCUGGAGCGAAGUCCCGAUCCAGAAGAAAGAAGCAGAAGAGAAACUCCAGGCAGGACGCAGCACCCUGGAAAAAACCCAAAGGCAACCAUUCCAACGGCUCUGCCUACUUGGUGACACGUCCUGAAGUGUGUCACCCUAGAAACAUGGCAAUUUCAAAACCCAACAAGAGCAAUCAAAGGGCCCGGGUGAAGCAGGAGUGGGUUUUGAAGAGGUCCUUGGCGAAAAGUGCCUGGAAGGUUCCCAGGGGUCGCCCUCAAGGUGCCCUGCUGGAAGCUAAGAGCCCUGAGUCACACCGAGAUGGUGGCCAGGAAAGUCCCCCAAAGAGGAAGGCCUUUCGCAAGAGCCUGGUCCCCGUGAGGAAGAAGAAGGUGAGCUUGGGGCCUGUCUCUUACCUUCACGGCCAUCCCAAAGAUGCCAAGAAGUCGGUGAUUCUAAGGAAGGGGCCGGGCUCCAGGAGAGCAGGGCCAGCUCACAGGGCCCCUCGAGGCCCACAGCCCGGCGGGGCACCAGCCUCAGCGUCCAGGGGCCCGAAGGCCAAGCCAGGAGGCUUUCCUUGUGCCUCCAAAGACCCCAGGAGGCUUUGAUGCGAGGACCCCCGUUCCCGUUCCCCAGGAGCUGAAAGAAGACGGAGAUGGCCACUUCAGGAGCGGUGUUUUGUCACUGAGUGAAACGAGACCUUUGCUCCUGAGGGACCGGUCUGUGCAGCCGUGACCCGGGAGGUAAAUGAAGUGAGAGUCAGGUGUGAGGACCUGGGCGCUCUGCCUUUGCCCCGCACCCCCAGAGGCAGGAGAGCUGGUGUCUGGGAGGCCUUCUAGAACAUUCAUUUGCCUUUCUGCAUGCACGGGCGGGGUCACCGUCAUGCUCACCCUGGUCACCUUCUCCCCCCACACUUCAUCUGGAGAGUUAACUGACCCCGAGGGCCUGGAGUUUUGAAGAACAGGGUGGCUGUUUUCCCCCUUCAGCCUCCCUGUGCUGACUGUGGGUAAGUUAACCAGCAUUUUUAGGCCCAGCCUGGCCGCCUAGCUGUCCUCAGCUUCCAUCCGUCCUGCCGUCUGACCGGAAUGUGAUUUAGGUGCUGAGAGUUAGUUCUGGGGAAAAUGAAUGUCUCCCUGUAUUGCGGGUGUCCAGUCUGCCAAUCAAAAUGGCCCUUAGUUGUAUAGCCAGGUGUGGUAGUGCACACUUAUAAUCCCAGCCUUUGGGAAGCUGAGGCAGGAGGAUUGAAAAUUCAAGGCCAGACUUGGCUACAUAGAUCCUGUUUCCAAGAAAAAAGCACUUUGCUUCUUAUUUUUUUGGGGGGGGGCGGGGACACCCCCAAACGAUCUUUUAAACACUGGCUGAUGUCUGUCCUCUGCGCUAAGUCCCACCAAGUCAGACCAGACCGCCACGCCCUGCCCUGUGUGCAAGUGCGGGGGACGGGGCUCGGUCUCCAAGACCAGUGGCUUCCAGACCAUACGUGGGUCCCGAGAUACCCACAAAGAAGGAACCCCAAUCUACUUUUUCAUGUGUCAUAAAGUGUGAGAAAUGACCACUCAAACAUGUCACCAUCCAAACCAGUCACUCUGAGAACUGUCACCUUGGAUUUUUAUGAGUCAACUCGUUUCUGUGCAGCUCGCUGUCCCCUUUUGCAUAUAAUUAAACUUCUUGUAAAUGUGACUUUUGGCAAAGAAGGUCAGGAGAGGACUGAGUUCCGUCCUGUGCAUGUCGUGUAACUCAACACCCGAGAACACCCUCUUCUUCUCCUCCCGUGAUUCUCCAGCUCUGUGACAGCUGGUGACAGCCUCUGUAAACCUAGUGCGGUAACCAUGUCCUACCCUAGAGCCUUCACCCUUGUGACUUUCUCUUCUGGCCUCAGUUUUUGUGAUAAAAAUGUGAACAGCUGUUAGAUGUCAUUUGUGAGUCACCUUCCAGACAAAUUCCUCGUGACGACUCAUCUCAAAACCCUGGGCAAGUCUCCCGCAGGCACACCCAGAGGGGACGGUCCCCACCUGCAGCUGCCAAUCUGUGCAGCGAGGUUGUAAACACGGGAGGGGACUGGGCUCUCCGGGUGACCGAAGCCCGCGACAGCCCAGUUGGGUUCGUCAAGCUUCGUGGUGUCAGCAGGUUCAUACUUGAUUACUAAAUGUGACGUAUUGUGCGUAUAAAAUAAAGUUCAGCAAAUUAAGUAUCUU